AUGUGGGCAAAGAAUAUUACUGGGAAUUUUGCUAACGUGAUCCACGGGCUGAAGGCCAGCCACUUGACCGAUGUGGUCGUCCGGAGGAGCAAAAGGAUGAUUCUGGAUACCUUGGGAGUUGGGCUGCUGGGAACCAGGACGGAUGUCUUCCAGAAAAUGAUCCGGUACAGUAAGAUCUACAGUUCUGAAACAUCCAGCACGGUUUGGGCUCACCCAGAUAUCCGGCUUCCUCCCCUGUACGCAACUUUUGUGAACGGAGUGGCGGUUCACUCCAUGGAUUUUGACGACACGUGGCAUCCAACCACACACCCGUCCGGAGCGGUGUUGCCUGUUCUCCUCGCAAUCUCUGAAGCGCUGCCCGAACAGAAGAAGAUUUCCGGCCUUGAUCUGCUUCUGGCUUUCAACAUCGGGAUUGAAGUACAAGGCAGACUGAUGCACUUUUCCAACGAGGCCAGCGACGUCCCUAAAAGAUUUCACCCGCCGUCCAUUGUUGGCACUCUGGGAAGCGCAGCGGCUGCUGCUAAACUCCUGGGCCUUGACCAAUUCAAGACUAAGGAGGCCCUGGCUAUCGCUGCCUCUUACGCUGGGGCGCCAUUGGCCAACGCGGCCACCCAAACCAAGCCUCUCCACAUGGGCAACGCAGGCAGGCAUGGUCUGGAAGCUGCCUUCUUAGCCUCCUCAGGCCUUCAAGCAAACAAGCUGAUCCUAGAUCUGGAGUCGGGCUUUGGCGCCUUUUAUGCCGACUACUUACCUCAGACUCUACCAAGUCUGCAGUCCUAUACGUGGCUUUUGGACCAGCAAGAUGUAGCUUUCAAGAGCUUUCCAGCUCACCUGGGGACCCACUGGAUGGCAGAGGCAGCCUUGGCAAUAAGGAAACACCUGGUCACGGGUAGGGAGUCCCUCCCGAGCGGCCGAAUCAAGACAAUCGUGCUUAAAGUCCCAGACGUUCAAUAUGUAAACAGGCCGUUCCCCACCUCAGAACAUGAAGCCCGGCACUCCUUCCAGUUUGCGGCCUGCACGGCCCUUCUGGAUGGCCACAUCUCCGUGGAGUCCUUCAAACAGCAGAACAUCUCCAGGCCUGAGCUGAGCGAACUGCUCAGAAAGACACACCUGGAGCCCUCUCCCGACAACCAGCCCAGCUUCAAGAACCUUUACUGCGAAGUGAUGAUCGUCCUUAAGGACGGGGAGGUGUUGACAGAGCGCUGCGACACUUUCUACGGGCACUGGAGGAAGCCCCUAAGCCAGGGGGAUCUGGUGAAGAAAUUCCAGUCCAACGCCACCACCGUCGUCUCACCAGAAGCCGCUGAAAGCAUCGUGGAAGUAGUCGACAACUUGGAAAAGCUAGAAGACUGUGGCUUGUUGACCUCCCUUCUCCAGGGGGCCGAGUCGACAAACAAGCUGUUACGGCGCAGCAGUCGGCAGAUUUGAAAGACUUGCUGCGCCUUAGGCACUUUUCAAAAUCGUGAAGGCUGCAGUCACACACGCUAAAUAAUCCACUUUUCAACUGGAUUUUGC